AUGGUAGCAAAUACAGUUACAGAACACGCUUCAUCAUUCUCCUGUGAUGAUACAUCCCUUCAUAUUAGCUGUCCACGUAAUGAUUCCAGCAUUUCCGAUAGUUUAUCAACACCUGAUGUGAAUUCUACAGUGUUAGAGCAUAUUAAUUCUUUACUUAAUCAUAUUAAGGAUUCUCAACAGAAACAUGCUCUCUACUCUUUAUUAGUUCCGUUUCACAAAGUUUUUGACACUACGAAACAUAAUAUUGCCCGGACACCAAUUUCCCAUCUCAUUAAUACCGUUUCCCAUUACCCAUUCGCUUGUCGACCAUAUCCACAAGCAAACAAAGAGGAGACCAUGUAUACGCUAAUCCAGGAGUUCCUACACGCCGGUCUCAUUUCUGAGUCAAAUUCCCCGUAUGCGGCUCCGGCAUUAAUGGUUAAGAAGAAGGACGGAUCACUUCGUCUCGUAGUUGAUUACAAAAAGCUAAACGCUGUAACUAUUAAGGAUUCAUCACCUCUUCCUAACAUGGAAGAUACCCGCCAAAAGAUAGGCAGAGGACGUAGUUACUUUUCAAAACUCGAUCUUAAAUCUGGGUUUUAUCAAAUCCCCAUUACUGAUCAAGACAAAAAGAAAACUGCUUUUAUUACCCCCUUUGGAUUAUACCAAUUCAAUGUCCUUCUAAUGGGCCUCCGCAAUUCUCCCCCAACAUUCCAACGUGUAAUGAUCCACACAUAA